AUGCGCCUUCACCUCGUCAUCCAGCGUCACGGGCUGCCCGUAACGCGCAUUCUCUGGACGACGGCUGUCUCGCCCUCUGGACUUAGCGGGGGUGCGUCAACUUCCUCCUCGUCGAUCGUGCCCGCCUCGGCCUCGGCAAUUACAUCUUCGCGGGCUCCGAACGCGGCCUUCUCGAAUGGCGGAUACACUGUCGCACAGCUCCUGGAGGAUGUUAACGAGGUCGUCCCGCUAGAGACUGAGCCGACUUUGGAGGAUUACGAAUCCAGUGGCCAGUGGGGGUUGGAAGACUAUGCUGUCGAAGUGGCGGGUUCGGAGUGCCUUCAUUUCAUGGAAGUUGAGGGAUUACUCAGAGACGGUGAUGAGGUCGUAAUUCGCGCUCUACAAACCUCGGAUCUGCGAGCAAGGAGAUUGUGUGGCCGUCACCAGAUAUCGGCCGACGGAAAACAUCUUAUUGACGGAGUGGCUUUUGGCCGCCCGUUCCUGAAGCGAACUUCCUCGUCCAGACCAGCGAUUUCCAUUCCUCCUCGCAAAAAGCGGCGCACUCUUCUGUCAGGGUGGGCAGGUAAUGCAGGCUACGAAGAGGAAGACACCGAAUGGGCACCAUUGCCCCCUCAACAUGGCACAAUCUUCGAUACCCAAGUUGCGGCUUUGCGUGAGGAUGAAGAACAACCGUCCGAGGAAGAAGAAGAGCCAGAUGAAGAUGGCGAUUACGAAGAGGGAGAAGGCACUGUGAUCAGACACAGGCUUCCCGAACCGGAAGAGGAGCAGGACUCCGAAAGCGACGCAGAUGUCUCCGACCACGAAGGCGAAGAUCUUGCUGAUGAGCUCUUGGAUUUGAAGGAGGAUCUGGAAGCUUCUGGUAUUCGCGAUAUCUCGGAUGCGGCGGACGAGAAGGUGAACCGGUCUGGAUAUUCUCUACGUCUGAGAAGCCCCAAGGCGAUGGAUGAGUCGAUAUCAAAGUCACCAUCCACCACCUUCUUCACGGCCAAUGAGCGGUCUCCUGUAUCAAACUCCCCACGGAGAGAGUCCAAAGUUGUCCGCUUCCAAAAGAUGAUUUCGAACGACAUUAGUCAACCGGCGCCAGUCAAGUCCAAAAUCGAAGUGGCGCUCCCGGAAAUCCUCGCUUCCGAUAGCGAAGAGAUGGACAGUGAAUCUAUAUCUUCUUCGGCUGAAUUAAGUGAUGUCGAGGAGGACGAAGGAUCCACCAGCGAGUCCGAAGAGUCGGAUUCGGAAUCAGAAGAAUCUUCCGCGUCAGACUCCGAAGACAUGACAUCCCACUCUGAAGAAGACUCUGAGUCGGGGUCCGAUGCGGACGAAGAGUCUGCAUCCUCCGACUCAGAGGACGAGGAGAACACGACAGCUGCCCUUGCUCGCCUAGAGCCUUCAAAGGCCAACCCACCAGGUCGGGGCUCACUAAGGACAAAGAAAUCCAACCAACGGUGCAAAAUGCGACGUCGGCUUUCUAAGCUCAAAGAACUCGGUGCUCUCCCUCCUGAGGCUGACUUUGCCGCAUUGCGGGCAUGGGAAGAGACCAAUGGUAGUUGGUACCCCGCAGCUUUGAAUGAGACCGACAAUGUACCCGCUGAAAAUCCGGCUCCUAACAAGAAGUCCGAGGCUAAGGAGAAGGAGAGAUCAGCUUUUGAAGCCAAAAGGCUGAAGUUGCUUCGGGAUAUUCAGGCCGGCGGUGUCGAUAUCGAUGAUUUCCCCGAAAAAGAAAAUGUCCCGCCUAGGAAAAAAAGCACUCGGGAAGCAACUGAAGAGAUAGCAGUGGUGCCUGAUGAUAUAACGACGCUUUCAUCGGCCCUGGAAACAUCAGUCCAGUCUCCUAGAAAACGGACGCUGGAUGUGGGAAGUACCCGACGGCUUCUAUUUGGUUCUCUGGGUGUCAAAACACCAAAAUCAAAAGAGGAGGAAGAGAAUACCCGAAAGAAGCUUGCAGGGAAACUCCAGCAGUUUCAGCCUCGGUCUGUAUCCCUGGCUGCUCCAGCUAUUGCACCGGAACGUGUUUCGGAAGUAAACUGGCAGGAAAAACUGGUGGUCAAAGCGACAGAAUGCGUCUUCUCGGACAUUGAAUUGAAAGCGCCACCUUUUCCUUUCGAGCAGCGCUGGGAUGAGGAAGCCUUAGAGAUCAUCAAUCAGCAGAACGGCUGGAAUAAGAAGAAAAGAAAGAGAAAGAGGGCCUUGGUGUAUCAAGAAGCCGAGGAAGAGUACGGAGACGAUAAUAAUGGCUAUCCAUAUGACUACUCGAAUGAUUACUCGAAUGCUGAACUGUUGUUGGACUACGAUGAUGCGGUCCAGCCGGAGGGCGCGGUUUUAGAGAAUCAGGUUCAGGCCGAUCACGAAAUAGGCGAUAGCCAGUACAGAGACCUUCCGGUCCUUCCGAGCGACAUGAGCUCGGUUCCGUCUCUAUCGGAAGGUGAUUUGAAGCCAGGAUCUAUUGUUGCCUUCAAGCAACUUGACAUGUCCAAGGAUACCAACUGGCAACCAAAGGUUUCAGACUAUCGAGUCGCAGAGGUUGAAGGCGUGGAUGAUGGAAUUAUCAGGUUUAAAUUGGCCGACCGUGAUCGUCGUCAACAAGACAACACCCUGGAUGAAGACGGUGCGAGGGCUUACAGCGGAUUUGAGAUGCCGGGCCUCGAAGACGAUGAUGUGGAGGACGAUGGUGUUCGGGAAAUGUCGUUUGCAGAGCUCAUCGAACCGAAGCUUCUACGGGCGGCAGGACAAACUGAUAAGUUAGACCGAGUUGAUUCGCAAGAAGCCAGCAUCCCUUCUCCCAAAGAACCCGAUUCCGUGGACCACAUCGUUCCUGUCGUAGUAGAAGAAGAAGAGAAGUCACCAGUCGAAGUAGAGGGUGAUCUUACGCAGAUAUUUUGGCCUAAUGUUACUGUCACACGGACUCCAAGACAUCAAAAAGAAAACGAUGGGGAGAGCGACGCGAGUCUAGGGCCUGACUCACCUGUCUUCCGGGGAUUUUCGUCCAAUCCCCAGAGCAUGACGCCGACUCCCAACGUUUCGAGAUCUCAGGAACUGUUCGACACGACGGCUGCCUCGAUGGAGGUCACCAUCGCAUGCCAGGGCAUCGACGACGUCGAAGACAGCACAAAUGGGUCGGACUAUGAUGCUGCCCCCGACGAUCCGGGUGAAGACCUGCUGAGCUCACCGCGCAGGUCGAACCUGUUUUAUGCGGUGCCGACUGAUUCUUUAGACGAUACAUCAUCAGUUAUGGGCGUACAGAUGGGAGAGCUGGGAGAUGGCAGCCCUCGAGACGACGGAGCAUCACCUGAGACUAAACGCAAGACUGACGCUUCCGAGGUCAACUCCCCUCGACCAUCCAAGCGCCGGAAAUCCAAUGAAGAGAGUUCAGACUCCGACGCCGAAUCUGUGGUUCCCAACCCAUUUUACGCCAUUGACAAAGCCUAUGCGGAGCGCAAACGCCUAGAAGCCUUGGGCUCACUGGACGGCCCGAUGAUGUUCGACGACCCGCCCACCGAUAGUCCUUUGCUUCACUCCUCGUCAUCGGACCAUUUGACUAGGCAGAAAGAGUCUCUGGCGCACUCGUCUCCGUUACGGUUGUCAUCCCUGAUUCCAAACUACGAGGGAUCUGACGACGAGGCCUCCAACCAUUCUGGCGUCGGCCUCGAUGUCGGCAUCCAUGGCGACAUCGACCAUGACGACAACGUCCCUUCUCUACAGAGCCAUCAACCCGACGAUGAGGUACCUUCGGCACAGCCAAUAUUAUCACAAAUGUCUGAGAUCGUGGAUCUGACCCAGUCCAGCCCCCCGGUGUCUCCUGGUGGAAGUGACGAGGACUUUGCCAAGAGUCACCGACUCCCAAGGGGACCCGGCUGGGUGCAGAAGAACAUUCCGUCGAGCCAGCGUACAACACGUUCGUCGGCCGGCGGACGAAUUCAAAGGAUAAAAGAGCUCAGUGUCACCUCACCCAGCAAGAUACCCGUCCGACAACGCCAGCGGACCGCGUGA